AUGGCAUCAUAUUCACCGCCGCUGAUUUCACUUUCGCAUGCGCUGCCCGUUCAGCCCGACCCCCAUGCAUCUGGCGUUGCUUCCACGUCGCAGGAUUCUCGAGUGCCGGCACUGGCUAGAAACUCCCAUAUCAUGUCAGGACUGAUCCCUAUCCCCGCUUCGUCGGUAUCAGGACUGCUUCCGCCAUCGGUGCUACCGCAAGACUCGCUUCUGCGGCCGUUGGACUCACUCCACAUGUUGGAUCUUCUGCCUUCGUCCCAUAUUGGUGAGAACUUGUUUACUGGCCAUUGUAUGGGCGGAAAUGGAGGCAAUAACAGCCAUAACAACACAUCUAGUGGCUCGGGUGCCAUGGAUAUUCUGCUGGCUUCACUGCUGCUCCUUAAUCUGGGCCUGCUGGGUCGUCGAAUGCGGUCAGGGUCGUUGUUCCUGACCAAUUCCAUUUGGAACGAUGAUGCCGUGCUGCUCCACCUGCCGCUGCAUAUGCUGGGGCUGGGGGUGCUCGAUGUGUUCCAAGAGUCUUCUGCUCCACUGUCCAAGCCUGGCCUGCUGUUUUUGAGCCCCACAUUGAGUGCCCAACCUUCACUGUUGGGAAUGGGAAAUCCCACCAGAAACCGCUCCCACACCACAACCGCCGCAGGUCAUAGUAGUCUCGGUCCAAUACAUGGUUUGGAUUCCUCCCGCAUUGGUCUGCUGCCUUUUUUGUCUGCUUCCAAGAACGACGCUUCGCUACUUUUGGAUAACCUUGUUUUAAACCUUUCCGACGCUCCCGGACAGGCCACUCGUAAUCGCUCGCAGACCUAUCUGGGCGUCACUCCAACUAUUCCCGAGAUCCCAAUGGCCGUUUACCCCAUGAUGACAAUGCAAGGUCUGCAAAUGCCCAUGCAUAACGCUCAACCAUCUCAAGGUAACCACGUCCUGGCUUCUCAUAAUUUGCAGCAGGGCCACCAUCUCGACGGAUACGCACUCGGUAACACGCUUGGUGGACUGUUCCUGCCAUAUUUACAAAACGACUUUGACUUGUCAGAAGUGGUAAUCACCACCAACUUCGAAAAUCCCAAUCUUGGUCCCACCAGCACACUUCUCUUCGACAAUGUGCCACAAUUUGUGGAUGCUGGAAACUUGUUCCAGCUUUUGAACAAUUCUCCCGCUGCCGUGGCAGGAAUGCAUGGCCGUAGCGUGUUGAGCGUUCGUGUCAGCUCCAUGGCUUCAUCUAAAAUGGCUCUUGUAGAGUGCUCAUCUAUCGAGGUCGCCAUGGGACUCAAAGCAAACUUCAACCACUUGGAGAUCGUUUCUGGUUCCAUUUUGUAUGUAGCGUUCGCCAGGUUGGCCGAGCCUUCCGCACCUCCAGAGAAGCAGAGUCUUUCGCAGACUCCUCCGGUCAUCAAGCAAAUGAAUGGAAGCAGACAGGAGUCGACUCCAAGUGAUGGUGCACGUUCUUCGGCCCGAAACUCUACUGAGCUCAAUAAGCCUUCGCCUCCUCAGGACUUGGAGUCUUCCUUGUUGUACUCUGUAUCUCGCUUGUCAGUGAUGCAGUCGGUGGACAUGAAUAAGGUGAAGUCGCUAAUUCACAGCACCACUCGCUUCCCUAAGUCGAAAUACCAGACCAAUUUUGGGCCCUUGCCUGAUCCAAUCCCUCUCCGUCAGUUUGAUUCACCAAAAUUGAGAGAGUUGCGCAAGAUUCUCGAGAAUAAUGAGCGUGCACUUCAAAGCAACAAUCGCCAGCCUUCUCCAGAGAGUGAGGGUGAGACCAAGAUCAUGUCCCAGUUAGAAUUGGAAGACUUGGCAUUGGCAAUGCUCGAUGAGCUUCCAGAACUCUGUCACGACCAUAUUGGCAACACUGUUGUGCAAAAGUUAUUCAUGGUUAUUAAAUCUCCCUUAAUCAAGUUGAUGAUGGUCAGAGAAAUUGCACCAUAUUUAACCCAGUUAAGUAUUCACAAGAACGGUACGUGGGCCAUACAGAAGAUUAUAAAUCUCUGCCAUAAUGACUUUCAACAGAAGAAAAUUAUCACCGACAGCUUGAAACCAUACGCUGUGAAGUUGUUCAAUGACCAGUUCGGUAACUAUGUGUUACAAUGCUGCUUGAAAUUCGACUCGCCUUUCAAUGACUUUAUAUUCGAGUCUUUGAUUGAGAACUUCAUUGAGGUGAGUUCCGGUCGAUUCGGAGCUCGUUGCAUUAGAACUAUAUUGGAAACUGCCAACGACUCUAAGCCUAGUUCGAAGGUAUCGGUAACCAAUGAACAGGUGUUUUUGGUAGCUAGUUUAAUUGUUGAAUUUGCCAACGAAUUGGUUGUCAACAGCAACGGAUCACUCUUGAUCACAUGGUUCCUAGACACAUUCAGUGGCUUCAAGGGCCUUGACGGUGACAAUAGAUAUGACUUGUUGUGUGAGAAGUUCAUGCCACACUUGGAGAAGCUUUGCACGCAUAAAUUGGCGCAUCUUAUAAUUUUCAAGAUUUUGAACCAUCGCAAUGAUAACCGUGUGAAGCAACUUCUCAUGGACAGCAUUUUUGGUCCCUACAACGAAUUUGAUGAGGAUGACGUAGGCUUGAGACCUCCGUCUGCGUUGUUAGAAGCCGUCCUACUGGAGAAUCAGGAGCACAAUGCUGGUCCGUUGUUCAUUUACAAGAUUCUUUCCAGUCCUAUCCUUUUGACGUUCGGAGACGAAUACAAUAGCGCUCGCUACCAACAAUUUGUGAUUAAUCAAGUUAAGCGGGUUCUUUUAGAGAUGAAUAUCAUGAAUUUGCAGCCCUACAAGAAGCUUGUUGAGGAGGUUGGUUUAUCAACAAAUCGCUUGAACAGAUCGUCUAGUGCACGCAAGCCUAAACGUGGAAAUUCGAGAGGAAAUGGAAAGAGCCAUUCUCCACACCACCAGCCAAUACAGGCGCCCAUUCAGGGCCAGGUGAUGCCUCCUCCCAUGAAUUACAUGGCACCAGCGAAGAACGGGAACUAUCCUCUCUACGCCGGCAACCUGUAUGUACUGGACACUAACAGUAUGGGCAUGGAAAUGUCACAGCCACUCAUGAAUCAACAGGGCAACAUGCUGUAUGUGUCACAACAGCGGUUUCAGCAGGAAAUGACCGUAAUGCAGCAACUUGAGCAGUUGUCAUUGAGCUCUGCUGCCCUCGGGUAUACGUCCAACCCUGGCACACCCAAUUCAGGCCCUAACCAGCGUGGUCUGUUUUUCUAG